CGACUCUACCACAUUACGACUCCCGCCUAUUACGUGGUCUUCUCAGGUGACCUUGAAUUCACGUACACGAUUCCAGGCAAUGUUUCCCUACCGCAUGCCUUCAUCAGGUUGGAGUACCAAAGACAGGUACAUUGUAUUGUGUUUGUUCAUCUGUUUUCUGAGUACUCCCCAAAAUUUGUCUUAAAAAUGUGUAUUUCGUAAGUUCGUAAAAAUGUUGUUUAAAAAAAAAAAAAGAUUCACUAUGUUUUUAGAAUCGUUCUUCCAAUUAAAAGAAUUAAAUUGUAUCUUAGCGUUAUGACGCCCGGAACCUCUAUUGCAUGAGCCCAUAUUCCAUACACCAAUACUAAAUAAACCUACGAUCCAUGAACCUAUGCUCUUUGAAGCCAUGCUUUGAAAACCCAUUCUCGAACAGUGUAUGGAGGUGAAUGAAUAAACCCAUAAGAGUUCUAUGGAAAAAGUUACAAAAUUCACACCACUUCAUAACGAAAUCCAGAUACAGCAACAACAAAAAAUAUGUAAAUUGUGUAAUGAUCUCUUCCAAAAUAGUUACGGUAAAUAAAUGUUUGUGUUUUAUUGCAGAUCAAUGAGAGUCCUAUGAUCAUCACAACGAUGGGUCUCAUGUUGGGCAGGAAGACGUCAUCCCUGAAGGUCACGUGCGGCGUCAUCGAGUUUGCCGGCAACUACACGCUCAGGAUGUACACGCGUGUCAAUGGGGACAUCUUGACCCAGGCCAAUCUUAACGCCCGCUGGCCGGAGGUGAGCAUGUCGCUGCCCGACGCCCACCAGGCGCAGACGACAUCCGUGGAGCUACGAAUCCUGUCGAGGGCGAAUUGCUCGUCUCUGCUGUUUCGCCAUCGCAUGAACAUCAACGUCUACUUUCAGCGCAACGACAUAGGAGGAAGUAUGUUGGUGCUCUCCGAGGCGGAAGUGGUGUUUGUGACGAACUUUACCGACGUCACCCGACAGUUUUCAGUGAUAUCUCUUGGUUGUCACAUAUUCGACCUCGACGGAUCGUACCAGGCUGUUUUGGAGUCUAGCGUCUCCGGAAGUCCAAUAAUCGCUGCAAGCAAUAUCAUGCCAGUGACGUGGAGCAACGGAUACGCUCUGAGUUCCAUGGCUCAGAGUGCUUUCCCUUGUGAAGGUGGCAUCACGCUAAUAUACACCCACCCGCCAUGUUCCGGGAAAGACAAGAUCCGACUCUACUCUUUUAGAACACUGACCGACGGGAGCAUGGCGGCGCCCCUCGAGCGGAUUUACAUUACGGAGUCUGAGGCGGAUCCAGACCUCACCAAGAAGUAUUUUUCCUGCGAUCUUUUCAACAGAUCGUCGAGCGGGUUCUGUUUCGUGUACGUGAGUGUCACACGUCGUAAUGUGGUGUCCGAGCAGGCGCAGCACUGCAUACCUGCCUACCCUAACUCAGGUAUGUUAUAGGCUAACUAUCCAUAAUCAGGUGGGUUUUAAACGCAAACAAAUUGAAAAAAAAACAACAAAAAACAACACCAUUAGUCUAAAAAUUUACUAAUUUUUUAGUAGCUGAGACGCAGAGCUGAACUGUAUGACUAAAUUAUUUUUCUAAUAUUGCAAUAUAUAUAUAUAUAUACAUCUAGCCGCCAGGGUAUGACUUUGUCAGUGAGGAGCAGGUACGUCAUUUGGGUAUGGAAGGGUGGAGCCUUUGCCCCCCCCCCCCAUGAAUUUGCCGGUUUCAUUUAAAUUGUAAUAAACAUAGGCCGGCCAAUGUUUGUUUUUGCCCCCCCCCCCCUGACAAAAAAAGUAAAAUGACGCCCCCAGUGUGCGUGCUAAAAUGUAAACCUUUAACUUUAAUUUAAUUUUAUUUAACGUUCUUUCCAAGGAAUACAAUAUCUUUUGAAAGAGACAAAACUUAUAUCAUAAUCGAUCAAUAAAUCAACGCAUAUUGUAAUAGAGAUUAGUGUACGUUUUUAAGAAAAAAAAUGUGACAGUUAAUGAAUAAGAAAUUUUUAGUGAACUCGAGUUUCUUUAUAAAGUGACGCUCUCAAUAGACGCCAGCUACAGUGGGGACAACUUUGUAUCAGCUUUCACUUCAUCCCCUUCAGGCCUAAUAUAUCUACACAGUUUAAAGAAGAUCGUGUGUAGAUCUUAUCAGUUAGCCAACCAAGUUUAUCAAUCAUCACAGUGGAAAAAAAAUAAGCUUAUCAAUAAACGUUUUAUAAGAUAAGAUGAGAUCAUUUGUACGGUUCAUUAUAUUAUCAUCUCUGCCAUGUGUCCUUCAUGUGCUGGAAGUAAGUCGUUAGUAUAAUACAUAAUGUGUCACGUAUUGUGUACAAUAAUUUACGGCCAUGCACAAAAAAUUAGAACGUACAUUUUUUCCCUUGUGAGAUUAGCAAGGGAGAGAAUCAGUUAUAUUUUAGACCUGCAUCGACUUCGUGACGCAGUUGUUGUUCUUGGUAAGGAACAUCUUUAAAUUAUAAAAAAUAAAAAUAAAAAAAAAUAAAAAUAAUGAACAAAUAUAAGAUGAUUUGUCGCUGUAAUAAAUAUAUUGUCUUAUUUGAACAUUCAUUUAAACAUUUGAAUGUAUCAAUUUGCACGCCACAUUUCUGACCGGAACAAACAUUUGGUGAGAACUUCAUUGAUGUCUUUUAUAAAAUGUUGUUCAUCUGUGUGGCUUUAUUUUUAAAUUGCUCUUUUGUUCAUAUUAUUUGGGUUAAUAAUUUAUUUGAGGGGUUAUGUUUUCUUUGAUUUAAAAGCUUUUUGUUGAUGUUUUUGUUGGUUUUUUUAAAUGUAUUAUUAUUAUUUUUUUUUUUACUGUUAUUAUUAUUAAUCUUUUUUUUUUUUUGCUUUCGAUUUGACCUUAUCUCAGUGUGAUAUUUCCGUGACACCCUGUUUCCAAUGAAUGUUUUUGUAACUCUGUCCUUUUCUUGGAAUUAUUUUAAGCAUUUCCCAAAGUAUUUCUCUUAUCUGAGAUUUUUUUUUUUUUUUUUUUUUUUGUUUUUUUUUUUUUAUUUUUUUUUUUUUUUUUUUUUUUUUCUGUUAUUAUUAUUUAUUUUUUUUUUUUUUUGCUUUCGAAUUGACCUUAUCUCAGUGUGAUAUUUCCGUGACACCCUGUUUCCAAUGAAUGUUUUUGUAACUCUGUCCUAUUCUUGGAAUUAUUUUAAGCAUUUCCCAAAGUAUUUCUCAUAUCUGAGAUUUUAUCAUUAUUAUUAUUAUUAUUUUUGUUGUAUUUCUUCAUUAAACCAAGAACACUAUUAUUAUAUUUUUCGUAUCCCAUUGGUUGAUUGGUAUUAAUUUUUAUUUUUAAAAAAAAUGGAUUUUCGUGUUAAAGCAAUUUUGAUAAGUCAACCAUACAUAAAGAAUAACUUCAUUAUUUGUUUUUCUCUAUUCUUUUUAAAGUAUUCGUAUUUUAGAAUACUGUAUUUUAAGUCGAAAUAAUCUGUGAACAUCUAAGAAAAGUUCAGAAUGAUUUUUAAACAAAGUAAUAAAAAAUAACACUGAAUAUAUGAAUCGUAUCCAUAUUCUAUGAAUCUCACCGAAAUUAUAUUUAUAUCAUCAAAAAUUGUAUUCAUGUUACCAAAAUUCUUUGAACCUCAUCAUAAUUCUAUGAAUCUCACCAAAAUAUGAAUCUCACCCAAAUUCUUCCUGUGUCUGUUUUCUCACUUUGCUUACAUUGUUUUCUCCCCGCAGUUUUCCCCAUAGAUGGCGGUUGGAGUCAGUGGACGUCGUGGACGUCAUGCUCAGUGACGUGUGGGACCGGAAAGAAAAGUCGUUUCCGGAUGUGCAACGAACCUGCCCCGAAGCAUGGCGGGAGAUUUUGUGCAGGCGACCCCGUGGAAUGGACACCCUGUGAACUGCAUUGUCCUGGUGGGUUCAAUAAUCGCGUUUUUUUUUUUUUUAGUUUGUUAAGUAGCCAGUCGUGAGAGCGACGGUAGUCUGGCGAUCUGCUAAUCUGAAUCCAUUUAAAUAAGCUUAAUCUUCAGCAUCCCUCAUUCUUUUUUAAAAAGCUAACAUUUUGCAUACAGCUUGUUAGAGUGGGAGAUAUCAAUACGGCUUCGCCAUGGGGGAGGGGGUAUGGGAAGGAGGCAACCCCGAGUGCCAAUCUUCAAAGGGUGCAAAAAUCAAAACUUUUCAUGCAAAAUAUAUUUUUCAAAUAUUUCGGGAGGAGGGCGCUAAACUCAGGCUUUGCCCUGGGUGCAUUUUUACCUGGCUCCAAUAUGUAUACAUUUGAUUUGAAAGAUGUUUGAUCUGCUUAAAAAUAUCCCUGUUGAUACUUCGUCUUCUAUGUUAACAUCUUAAGAAGCUAUCGAUAUUUCAAUUUAAUAAAUUGUUUAAUUUUUAAACGUCUGUUUGAUCAUUUAAAUAUUUGAAAGGAAUGGUUAUUAUUUCAAUAUAAUUUUCAUGGGAAACUAUUUAAAGAUACUCUUCAUCGUUCAGGAAAACUUGAAAUGCUGAAACUUCGUAAAACACUGUUAUUUAACUUAGAGCAUGAACAUUUGUCAAGAAUGUUUCAUGUUGAAUACUCUGAUAUACAUGCACCAUCAUAUGUGUCACGCAAAGAUGUAUCAAGAUGAUUCAGAACAUGAAGUAUUAUAAGGUGUCACUAUAUUCUGACCUUUCAACUUGAGACAGUUAUCUCCAUAAUGAUAAUGAAGCGUCAUUUGUUUUGUUUUUUUCACAAGGGAACACUUUUUAAAACAACUCCAUUUUGUUUCUUCCAGAGGCUAUUCCCAGAACACCCCUCCAUUCCCCCGUGUUUGAUCCCAACUGUGCUUGUGGCUGUACGCAUUCAGAAAGCAAAGGUCACAUCAUUGCCACCGGCCGCUGUCACGGCCUGUCGGUGUGGACAGUCACGGCUGCCCACGGUCACUACUUCGCCUUCCGCUUCGAAUACUUCAGUCUCAACUUCACCAGACAGUGGGUGAAGAUUCGCGACGGGGCGUCACCUUCUGACGUUUUGAUGUUUUCGUCAUCGAGUUCUGGGUACCCGAUGGAGAUUCUGACCACGGGGGCCGCCAUAAGGGUGGAGUUCAUGACAGCGUAUGCGACACCCCCUCAAGUCGCGGUGUUCCCUAAAAACGCCACCCUACCCAUACACGCCCAUGGAUUCAUCGCUAGCUACGAAACGAGAGGUAAAGUAAACAUUUUGCUCUUUACAUUUUACACUUUACAUUUUACACUUUAAAUUUUACACUUUACAUUUUACACUUUACAUUUUACACUUUACAUUUUACACUUUACAUUUUACACUUUACAUUUUAAACUUUACAUUUAACACUUUACAUUUAACACUUUAUACUUUACUUAAGAAAUUUUUAUUACACUCAAAUUUAAUGGCUUAACUUUACUUAGUGUGGGUAUAAUAUUCAUUUCAAAAAUACAUUUUGAAUAAAAACAAAGAAAAAAUGGAUUUUAAUAUUUUAAAAUAAUGUUAAUAGGUAAAACGUAAUACAGCUAUAAGCAUAAAAGACAAUCUUUGAAAUUCUUUGUAACUGUUCUUAUUAGACUAAUGUCAUAUAUUUAUUUAUAUCCCUAAGCGAAAAUACCUUUUUCGUAUGAAGCCUAUGAAUCCUAAUCCACUUGUAUUUUUGUAUGUCCAUACUCAGCCGCGUUAGUCAGCAGCACGGUGCCCGUUCUCUUCACGUACGAAAAGGAGACUGUCCUGGGCAGCAUGAUAACCAUAGUGGGCAUCUCCGUCUGCGCGGUGGUCAUCCUCGCGGCCGUCAUCUUUGUCAUCAUCCAGCGUACCGUCGUCAGGCGUAGGGUCAAGUACGCCAUGACCACCUCGGGGGACAGCCCCGCCCACCAGGCGCUCAACGAGCACCGCGUGUCCAGUGCCCAAAGCAGCAGUCCCAGCAGCCCAGGCAACGCCAUCAACGUGGACAUGGAGCUUCCACUCACCAGCAAGCCCCACGGGAGAAACGCCGGCAGUAAAACAUCCAGGGCGUCCAGCACGUCCAGCUCGCGGAGCGCCAAGCUGAAAAAGCAUAGGACUAAAAGCGAGAGUACCAACGGAAACAACAGUCCCAGGUCGCCACCGCCUAGGGACGUGCUGACUAGUCCGUAUGGCAUCGAGAUUAUAGACACGGAUGAGCAGAAGGCUAUUAGAAACAUAAGCCCAGUCCGAAUCAAACCCCCACGGCCUUCCCAGGGGAGUUCGUCGAGCAAUAAAAAUCACCCCUUGACACCGGUUUCGCCAGCAACAAAGCUGGAUAUGUUGAAUAAAAAGCGGCAGGAGAAAAGAGGGAAAGGCGUCAGUGCGAACCUCGAUAGGGAUAUUACGGGAUCUUCGGGGUCGCAGAAAUCUGGAACCCCUUCAACAACGAAGGCGGAGGUGAACUGGCCCGUGUCUGGGUUUGUGAUGACAGCGUUGAACGACACGGCCAAGAGUUUCAACGACAGACACAAACGAUCAGGCCCGCGGCCUCCCUCGGAGGAGAUUCCACUCCUUGACUCCAUGACGUCUAGUCUGGAGUCUCCUUCACAUUUCAACAACAUGGUCAAAAGCGAAUCCACAGACUCGGCGACCACUUCGUUCGUGCGGCCACCGUCUAAAAAACUACGAAGGCCCACGUCUCUGACCGAGUCCUACUCAAACGAAUCAAAACCAAACCACGGGCAACCCGGGGCGCCGACAGAUGCGCCCAUAAUCGAAACUCAAGAAGUGACCCCCAAACCAGUGCAAUUAUCCUCGUCAUCCAACCUCACCACCAAACUGCCCUCUUCAUCAUCGAACUCUAAAAGAGGUGUGAAGCCGUCCCAGUCUCAAGGGUCGCUUGCCAACAACCGCAGCGGCAAUAAACUCAAACGUUCUGCGUUUGAAGAGCGACAAACUCUCCUCCCCAAACCGGACGGGCAGAGCCCUAAACUCCAGCGCCACGAAUCUCCACACAUCGUGGCGGGGGUCGGCAGCAGAGAGCCCCAGAGCCCCGGGAGGGCCAGCAAAGCGAGCAGUCGGGGCAGUAAGAACACUGUGUCGUCGCCCACGCGAAGCAUCAAUACGCCGUCAGAGAUUGAAGGCCUGGAGCUGGAGUACGACGACUUUGUGGAGGAUGAUCCUCUGUCCUAUUUCGAUUAUGAGGAGACCCAGAAACUUGCGUUCAGAGGAACGGAGAAGAUUGGAAAGACGCCGGUGGAGGAGGAAGACGAAGAUGAAGUAUGAGAGAGAGAGAGAGAGAGAGAGAAAGAGAGAGAGAGAGAAAGAGAGAGAGAGAGAGAUCGUAGUUGAAGCUGUGAGAGCAGUGCUGGGGAAGAGAAGAAUGUUGUGAUAAAUACUUCUGUCAUUUUUGUGACAGUUAGAAAAUAAAAUUGGGCUGAAGAUAGAUUACAUUAAAAAAGGGUGAUUGUUAAUUGUAAAGUUAUUUGCUCAUUUGAAAGGGUUGUGUAAUAUGUAUAUUGUUAUUACAUCUAUAAAAUGUAUUUACAGUUGUAGUUAUUGCAAGAAAUUGAC